AUGCCGGUCCCGACAGAUAUUCCAACGCGACCAGAUCUGAACGGUGUCGUGCGCGUCGACCAGGCUGGUCCUUCGCAGCCGACACAACCUGCCGGCCAACCGAGCGAUGUCGCCGGUGUCCUUCGCCGAAACCAGGCCUGUCUCGCCUGUCGCCGGCGCAAGCUUAAGUGUGAUGCUGUGCGUCCGCACUGCUCAACUUGCAUCCGCUCCUACAAGCACCUCCUGCGCACUGCACCGAGCACGAAUCCCGUUCUCACCUGCGAGUACGACGACGACAAGGAGAAUAAUGACGGUGACGAGGACGAAGCAGAGGCCCGCCGAAAGCGCCGCAAGACGUCUGGUAGCCGCAAGAAGGCAGACGAGGAAGCGGAACUGGAGCGCGAGCCCGACCUCGAGGCGCAACUCGCCCGCAAGGAUGCGAAUCCUUCCCCGCCCCAACCCCCGCAGGCACAGCAGUGGACUGGCGCGCCGAUACCGCAGGUCGAGUCGCCUACUGCCUUCCUGGAGAUGCUCUCGUCUGCGGCGUCGAGUGCGCCGACUGCCAGGCCACCAGACGGCAUGGCGAACGGUGUUCCGAACGGUGUGCCGGGCGUGCCGAACGGGAUGCCGAAUGGCGCCUCUGCGGCUCCAGGCAGCCCCUAUCAGUCUCUCUGGGUUUCAAUGGACCGCUCCUUCGUCGAGCCGACCGGCAUGACGCCGUACCUGGCAUUCAACGAGCCAGACGUGUUCCCCGGCGAGAUCAACCCGGCAGCGCAGGGCACGACAGCGAUGCUGUCACCUGGCAACGUGUUCAACUUCCCCUCUCCGACGCCGUGGCCGUCAGCCGAUGUGCUCGAGAACAGCAUGCCGAACGGGUCGUCGAACCUGGCGACCGCGCCGCCGCAGAACAGUCCUAGGACGGCCGAGGCCGCACAGAACGCCUCACCAACGCUCCAGAACAGAAAGGCGUCGGGACAGGCGGAUGGAUCGCCCGAGGAAUCGGGCCUGGACAGGCAGGCACUGUUCGAUCUUUUCUAUCCUGGCUGGCCUAAGACGCUGCCAGAGCCUGUGGUCGUGAAUGCGCUUGUCGAGGCGUUCUUCGACGUUGUCCCGUCGAUGCCGCGCAUGCUGCACAAGGGGCGGUUCAUGACUCGUCUGAGUCUUCCUCCAACACACAGCAACUUCCCGCACCCUUCCCUGCUGCACUCGAUCUGCGCAAUCUCGUCCGCAUGGUGCGAUCCCAAAGUCUAUGACCCCAACGGACAGGCGCCGGAUCCGACAGCGACACGAGCGGAGUUCUUCUCCCGCUCUGGUCCGACGCCAGCGGCGCCAGAAAUCCUUCCCUUCAGCCUGCGGCACGCCGCCUUUGCCAAGGACGCGAUUCACGACGGCCUGAACACGGGCAGCCGCCUGUUCGACGUUGUCCGCGCCAUGAUUAUUCUGAGCCGUGUGUUCAUUGACGACACGCGCAUGCUCGAGACGUGGACGUACAUUGGGCUCGUGUGCCGGAUGAUCUUACCGCUGGGUCUUAAUGUUCGCUCGGCGGAGUUGUCGUUGAAGAGUGUGAUGCUGCCUCCGCCGCAUGACGCACUUGAGCGCGAGGAGCGCAGAGUCGUCAUCUGGCUCGCGAUGUAUCACGACACGAUCGCAUCCGCCGCCUCAGGGUGGGGCACAUCGCUCGCUUUGGACGAGCUGACCGUCCCGCUCCCCGUGUCCGCCGAGGACUUUGAUGCGGGCAGUCCAACAAUGCCCGGAAAUUCGCAAGAUCUCGAGUCGUUGGAUCUCUACAUCAAGCACCCCGUCGCGGACCCGCUCGUGAUGGCACUGAAAGGCGGCGUACUCCUGAACCGAGUGUGCAAAUUCGCGCGUCGGUGGAAGAAUCGGAGGUUGCGCGACCAUGAUGAUCUGGACGGCAUGCAGCGACCCGAAUUCCGAGAACUGGCCAACGCAAUCGCGUGUCUGCAAAUGUCCUUCCCGCCUUCUCUGCAGGACGCUGGAGUGGUCAAUUCGCGGCGGCAGCUCAAUGUUGAUCUGAUCUCGGCACACGUGAUUCCGCACACUGCCAUUAUUUAUCUCUACGAGCCAUUUGCGGACGUGACGGACCCGAACGACCAGCCCGGCCGCCGUCUCCUCAAUGCUGCUCGGAGCAUUGUUGGUGUGAUCCAGCAGUUGGUCGGAGCGGUGGGGCAAGGCGCCACGAACCUCAGUGCCGUAAUGCACAGUAGCACAUCCGUGGCACUCGUCACUGCAGCGCGCACACUCCUGUUAUUCUACAGGCACGCUCUCAAUGUGGGGGACCAGGCCCAAGCCGAUUCCUGCAGGCACGACAUCGAAACUGCCCGUCUCGCACUCGCGCAAUACGGCCAGCGCUUCAAGAUCGGGUACCACCACGCGCAGCUGAUCGAGUACUUCCUCGACCGGGCCACGAACCCGACGUACGACAAAUUGGCAGCGCACUACCCAGACCAUCCGCGGCAAGGCGCGAUUCGUCUCACGCCGGACGCCAAUCUGGGCCUGUGCAUUCUGAAUGCGCUGAACAUCAAGCGGGGAUACUGGAAACUGCCCCAGGCGGGGGUCACGCCGGCCAUGACGGGGCUGCACUCGCCAGAAGUGAGGAUGUACGACAGUCCUCAGUCCCAAUCGUCUACUGGAGCGGCGUCGGCGUCCUUGAACUUUGGGACGAUGCCGCCGCCCUCGGGGCCUAACAACAACCCUCCCAACCCCUCCCUCAAUGCCAACCAGGCCCCGGGACAAGGCCAAGGGCAAGCGCAAGAAGGCUACGGCAUGAUGCCCCAGUCCGCCUCCCAGCCGCAGCCCAACCAGACCCCCCGGGUGUCGGUCAGCUCCCAAUCAAGUGGGGGGUAUUGGGACGAAGCCGCGCGACAGUGGAACGAGGGCUCGGGGGCAAGUAUAGUGCCGCUGGAGAGCUUGAGUGGGAACCCUUUGCCGCCGUUUGAGAAGGGCGAUGUUGCGGGUCAUGGGCAGAGUAUGGAAACUACGGCGUGGUAA